UCUGAAUACCUACCUACCUACUCAAUACUAGUUUUCUGAUUUCUCUGCGAAUUAUAGUUGAAUAGAGAGAAAUUUCACUACACUAAUAUCAUAGGAUUUUACAUUAUAUUGGAUGUGAUAUCAUCAUACAUACUUAUUAAAAACCAUCUUUAAAACGGCAUUGGAAGUGAUACAGAAAUAAAGCUUUGAGUUUUGACGUACCUAGUUGUGUAAAGUAUAAACACUAGGGUAUUUAUUUUGAAGUUUGAAAUCAACAUAUUUCGUAUUUUCUGCUGGCAUCAUAAUGUUUAUCUACUUUAUCUGGCAUCUCAUUUGAUUUUGUUAUUAUUGAACAGUAUCAGAGACUGUAAAAGUGAGAUCACAAUGACUUUGAUAGAGGGUGUUGGUGAUGAAGUUAUACAGUUUAUGAUAACUGUGUUAGUGAUAGUCGUUGCGUCAUUAGCCUGGUGGUCGACAAAUUCUAGACCAGACAGAUAUAGAACAGUUUUGCUUAUGAGAUCUCGUCCCACCCAUCCGGUUACAGUCAGUAUAAGAACAAGAUCAAUUAUGCCAAGUCCUAGUCCACCAGUUAAUAACACUCCGCCAGCACCUGCUCCCGAACCAAUAGCAAGCAGUUCAACAUCAAAUAACAGUAGUGGGAAUAGAGUGAUUCCUAUACAAGAGAUGGAUAGCAUUGUGGACGCAGACAUGGCCAUGUUGGACAAUAAUCGCCUUCAUUUCUAUAGACUGAUAGAUGCGCCAACUACCUCACAGACGUCAACAGAAACCUCGUCAGUAGAGACGGAGAGCCAAGAGGAGAUGGAGCCGGCCAGUGAGGCUCAAAUCAGAGAAAUGGACAGCAUUGUUAGUGCUAUGGAAGCUGAUAUGACCGUUCACAAUGAGAGAAAUACAACGGAAACUUCCACAAGUAGUAUGAAGAAAGAGGAAAGUUCACAAAACACAGCCGAAGUUACUACAAAUGAAGGCCCAAGUAGUUCUACUAGUGAAGCAGCGGAAACAAAACAUUCAAAUAAGAUUUUGAUCAAGUUAAAAUACCUGAACGACACUUUGAAAGAAGUGGAAGGGAGUCUUGAUGAGCUAUUGAAGGAUUUUAAAUGGCGCCACUUCGCGGCCGAGCUGUCCUCCGAGAGCCGCGUGCGUCUGAUCUUCAACGGGCGCGUGCUCGUGGACGAGGCGGCGACGCUGCGCGCGUGCGGGCUGCACCACCGCGCCGUCGUGCACUGCCUCGUGCACCCCAAGCGCGCGCAGCAACAACGGCAAGCGGAACCAGCUGCGGCGACCCACGAGCUGAUAACCGAAGCCCCAGCCGCAGAACGGACAUGGGACUUGGAGAAUAUACUGAUGACGCUCGUUAGUGUUGCCCUCACCGUUGUGUGGUUCUUCAGAUGUGAAUAUUCAAACAUGUUUACCGCAAGCGCGAGCGUAGCUCUGUUCGGGCUGACAGUCUUCUAUAGUGUUGCCAUCUUCGGCCUCUACUUGUCCGAUACAUUCCACUUCGACCGACGACCGCCACAACAAAUACCCAACAACUGAUUCACCGAAAUCAUCCAAUAUUCAACCAUAGUGUCAAUGAAUUAGCGGAAUAGAAAGUUUUGAGUGACAGUCGUUUUCAUAGAAAAUCCAAAUUUAUGAAAAUACAGUGAUAUUAAAUUGUACCUUCGAAACAGUGUUGCUAUUCUAGAGAGAGAUUUGAAAUAUGCAUAUAAAGUGUUUUUCAUUUUAAUACCAUGUUUGAAAAUUUUGUAAUAAGCAUUCAUUUACGGUUUCUUGCACACGGCUUAUAAUUUUACAUUAAUUAAUUAAUUAAAUUUUUGAGUAUAUUAUAUUGUAAUUGUAACUGCACUCUGCAGUGUUAACGGUAGAUUUGAAAUUGUGAUUUUUUGUUUAAUACUUUCGUAAAAACCUAUAUUACACGUUAAUUAUAUUGUAGUUAAGUUUUUGCGCUAAAUUCACCGAAUAAGAAUUUUCUUUAAUUUUUCAUCCUCUUUACAUAAGUUUAUGCGCGCAAUUUAGUAUAUUUUUAUUAUAAAAGGGUUAAUGCACUACAAUGUCUAUAUAGUCUUUAUAAUAAUUCACAUACACACUAAAUUAUUUUUCGCGCAGAGUAUCAUUAUUAGUUUAUAUUUUAGUGGCGUGGUGUUUAUUUCUCUUUUUGUUUAAUUCACUUAUGUAAAUAUUAUUUUGUACAUAAUAUUAUAACGUAGCUUAAGUUUUUGGCGCUGUGGAAUCUGGAGCAAUAAACAUUGAACAUGUAUUUUUUAUAACAUAAUUAUUCUGGCAUAUUAUGUGUUACCAUGUUUUACCGUCCAAAAAUUCUUUUGUUGAAGCACCCUCAGAAUUGGUCUCAAUAAUUAUGUAAAUGUUUCGUAUUUUUUUUUUUUUAACAAUUUAAAAUAUUAUUAAAUGGUAAUUUUUUAUCACCAUUCGAAUAAGUUUUUCAGAUUAUUGUUAUUUAAUUAUAAGAUCAUAAAGGAAUCUAAGAACACAAA